GCAACACCCUAAAAUGCUACACCUGCAAAGAGCCAACUGAUGUUUUUAAAUGCAGAAACAUCACUAUCUGUAACCAGGGGGAGACAUCCUGUAAGACCCAACUGGAGAAUGUGGAGUCAGAAUAUCCAUUCCGUAACAAUGCCAUGGUGAUCCGUUCUUGCUCUCACAACUGCUUGGCUACAGAUCCUGACACCAUUGGUCUUGCCCAUCCUGUUUCCUGCUGCUACCAAGACCUUUGCAACACAGACAGUGCCCUGGGAGAUGGGACCAGGCCCAAAGACCUGCUGGGACUCACAGUUCUUAUCAAUCUCCUCUUCCUGAUAUCCUUACUCUGGAUGGUCUCAUAG